UGGAUCAAGCCCUUAAUAAACAAUCAGUUUCCAAGUGGUGUAGAACCAAUGCAUGGUAAACAUAUUUCAGGGAUCAUUAUUAUUUAUUAUUAUCCAGAUGGAUAUGGUGCCAGGCUACUUAAGUCUCCAUUCUAAGCUGUGAGAUGGAAGCUUUGCUUUGAGGAAGUGUGGGCAGGAGUGUCCACGUAAGGCUACAAGGAAACUGUAUGAAAGAAACACACUUAAAAACUGGCCCAUUUUCUUCAACUGGACUGUCUUCUCUUCACCUUUGUUGUAUCUUUUAACCUAGGAGAUAGUGGGCUGCUGCUGGAAGCUGCAGGAUGAAGUCACCUCCCUGCUGCAUGUCCCUUUCUUCCCAGACAACUGGACAGGAGCCGGGGGACAGCACAUCACUGGGUUCCCUGGAGUCCAGCGUCUUCUGCAGUGAAGAGGAGCAGGGGCCCUUGCUACAGAAGGUUGCCCCCUCCUUAGACUGUUUCACCAUCAAUGUGGGAGGCAGCCGCUUCGUGCUGUCCCAGCAAACUCUGUCUUGCUACCCAGACACUCGGCUUGGCAAGCUGGCUGUGGUGGUGUCCGCCGCCCGGGACGUGGCCUCUGGCCUCCUGGAGCUCUGUGAUGAUGCCAACUUGGUGGAGAAUGAGUAUUUCUUCGACCGGAGCUCACAGGCCUUUCGCUACAUCCUGAAUUAUUACCAGACAGGCAGGCUGCAUGUGAUGGAACAGCUGUGCGCCCUCUCCUUCCUGCAGGAGAUCCAGUACUGGGGUGACAGGGAAGGACUGGGAAAAAGAGGAGAAAAAUAAUGUGGGCUGGAUGCUUUGAUUAUCAACUCCUGCUGCAGAGACAGAUACUUCAGGAGGAAGGAGCUGAGUGAAGCCUUGGAUAUCAAGAAAGAUGCAGAAGAGCUGGAUGCUCAGGAUGAGGAAGAGGAUUUCUCUGGGAGUCUCUGUCCCAAUGUCAGGCAGAAGCUCUGGGAGAUGCUAGAGAAGCCCAGCUCUUCUGUGGCUGCCAGGACUUUUGGCACCCUGUCUAUGGCCUUUGUUGUUGUGUCCAUUGCCAACAUGGCCUUGAUUUCUGUGGAGCUGAGCUGGUUGGCGCCCCCACUGCUGGACGCCCUCGAGUACGUGUGCAUUGUCUGGUUCACAGUAGAGUUUAGCCUGCGGUUUCUGUGCACACGGGAUCGGUGUUGCUUUCUGAGGAGUGUGGCGAACAUCAUAGACCUGCUGGCCAUUUUACCCUUCUACAUCACCUUGCUGGUGGAGAGCAUGUGCGGUGGGGAGAGCUCUCAAGAACUGGAAAACGUGGGGCGCAUCGUCCAGGUGCUGAGGCUGCUCAGGGCUCUGCGCAUGUUGAAGCUGGGCAGACAUUCCACAGGCUUGCGAUCUCUUGGGAUGACUAUCGCACAGUGCUAUGAAGAAGUUGGCCUGCUGCUGCUUUUUCUCUCUGUGGGGAUCUCUAUAUUUUCCACUGUGGAGUAUUUUGUUGAACAAGGUGUCCCUGGCACAACUUUCACCAGUGUGCCCUGUGCAUGGUGGUGGGCAACCACUUCUAUGACAACUGUUGGUUAUGGAGACAUUAGACCAGACACUACCACUGGGAAGGUAGUGGCCUUUAUGUGUAUAUUAUCAGGAAUAUUAGUCUUGGCUUUGCCUAUAGCUAUAAUAAAUGACCGUUUUUCUGCUUGUUAUUUUACUUUGAAGAUAAAGGAGGCUGCUCUUCGACAGCGUGAGGCUUUAAAGAAACUCACAAAGAACACAUCCUCUGACUCAAAUAUCAAUGUUAAUUUACGAGACAUAUAUGCUCGCAGUAUCAUGGAUAUGUUACGGUUAAGAAGCAGAGAGAGAGUAAGCACUAGGAGCAGCGGCGGAGAUGAUUUUUGGUUUUGACUUUGUAAGAUCUUGUAUUAUAUACAGAGGCGACUUGAGGUGUAGUAGUAAACAGUAGGACAGCUGUCAUUUUAUAUUAUUCACCCUUAGCAUAUUAGCUUUCCAGUUCGUAACUAGUGUAGGCAAAAGGCAUAACUUAAAAGCUGGAAACUCUCAGCAGGGACUUCAAAAACUUGUUUUUACCAUUGGUUCUUGAACUGGAAAAAUAUAGUGGACUCAUCAAAGUAAAAUAAUUAUACAAGUAUUUGUCUAUGAAUCUUAUAUUCUUGUUGACAUACAGAAUAAAGUUUCACACGCACAUCCUGAGACCCAACAAAUAGGAGAGGCUUUUGGUGAAAAAGAUGAGGAAAUUAAAAAUAUCUGAAAAGCAAAAGCGUACAGAGUAAAGCACUGGCAACAGUUAUGGUGGAUUUUACAUUAUACACUGUUGUUUGUAAACUUAAACAAGAGUCAGGGGACAGACCCUUGUCCUUAUUCAGGUCUCCAUCUGCUGCUUCAGUGGCACAGAGGAGCCAUAAUAGGCCAGGGAAAAUUUUCCCCUGCUCAGGAGCAGCAUAGAGCAAGCAUUAUUAGCAAGGCCCCUUUACAUGCCCAGUGUAGGGCAUAUGCUUUUUUA